UCCCUUAUUGUGACUAUUCUCGUGUAUCUGAUGGAUACGGAUACGGUAAGAUGGUUGACAGGUAUAGAGUACAUAAUAAGCAGCCACGAGAGAGAUACCACGGUCCAAUCGUGAAACCGGGAGCACACGGAAUACGAAAGGUGUGUGUACGUCUCAACGCAAAGCAUACACUAGCAAGAGAGAGGCAGGUAACGAAAGGGGAUAUGGAUUCAAGUGCAGCAUGCCUAUAGAGAUAUGGACGUCUAAUCAUCGACCUCGUGGUCACCGUGACAGUCCAUCAAGGCAACCGGACGGCAGAAGAGGCCAAAUGGACAGGGCCUGAAUGGAACAGUCCAAAGAGCUUGAAGUAAAGAUAACCACGGAGUUAGGGUGGCCCACGUCUGGAAGUCGAAAGCAGCAGGCGUCGACGCUGUCUGAGACGAUGGCGAGAGCGCGUUGCUAUGAGGCGAAGCGACGUGUGGACCGCCAGCGACAGCGAGCAAGAGUAAGUUGCAACG